ACGCAGCUUUGUCUCCAACUUACGGUACGAGCUCAGCUCCCACCCUCACAUGGCGGACUAGGGGGCUCCUCCGUCUACAUAUUCACAGAAUUUAGCUUCUCAUUUCGUCGAUUGCAACAACUAGGCAACCUUUAUCAUGCAUCAUACCCCAACUUAAUAAGGUUGGAGCCAUUGGAAGACAUAUAUGUUCGUGGUGUUCAUGAUGCUCAAGAACUCAUCCAUGUCCUUGGAGACAUAGAAGCAUUUAUUGCCAUUGAUCACACCCGCCUACCUGUCAAACUCAUUGUCAUUGAUUCCAUUGCUGCAUUGUUCCGAUCACAGUAUCAGACAACACCGGGAGAUUUGAAACGGCAGUCUGAAUUGUUCUUCAACAUAUCUGGGACAUUGAAGGGUUUAGCAAAUAAGUUUGGGUUGGCGGUGGUUGUCACCAACCAAGUGGUGGAUUUUAUUGGGCCACAUGAUGGAGUGAAUGGGGUGAGGUUG